CCGCGUUCGCUCUCGUAGUCUCGUCAGUCCGAAUAACGCGAUCGGCACGUACGCACAUUCGCGGCCAACGAACACACGUGAAGCACGUUUUAUUAUUUCUUUUUGAUUUCAGUACAGUCUAUUUAGCGACUUUACGCCUAGCAACACCGAACGCACGGUUAUUAAAUUGAUAUUAUUUUUUUGAUCGUCUCUGUUGAUCGGUAUAAAAGUCGUUGUUCGCCGCACGAGAAAUCGCUCAGUGUGUUACCGUACUUGAAAAAUAUUGCGCUUAUAUAUUUAAAUAUUACCGCGGUAACGUAAUAUUGUAAUUGUAUAACAAGUGUUUCCGAUUUGGUUUUUGCGACACUUGACGUUGAAAUUAGCCAACGGGAAAACUAUUAUUUAUUUGAAACAUAAAUAAAAACAAAACGAGUGCGUCGACACGUUUACGUAGAAACCAAAAGUUUGACAAAUUUUAGUGCAAAUAUGACCAACUCAUUGUUCAACAGUGGAGAAACAGUAACCAAGACUCAGAAUCGACCGCGCGCAGUGGCUGCGGAGGUGGAACAAUGGUGGCAAGAGAUGGUGUCGUCGACGGGCAGCAGUACCGGUGGCAGUAGCAACCAAGGAUCUGUGUCGUCCGAACCGAGACGCCGCCAGGGACAGGGUCGUCGAGGGGGAGGCGGCGGUUCCGGUAAAAUGCAGCAACAACAGCAACAGCAACAACAACAACAGGAACAGCCCCUGCCGCCUCAACCGCCAAUGGGUUCGCGGUACAAGACGGAAAUGUGCCGUCAGUACAUCGAGAAGAUCAAGUGCGCGUACGGCGACAAGUGCCAGUUCGCGCACGGCGAACAAGAUAUGCGCCCGGUGUUCCGGCACCCCAAGUACAAGACGGAACCGUGCCGCUCGUUCAACUCGGCCGGCUACUGCCCGUACGGGCAACGGUGUCAUUUCGUGCACAAGGGCGAUGGUUACAUGCAGCCCAGCGGCUCGCCCGCGUCCCCGCCGCUGUCCACGUCAUCGUCGUCCGGCAUCGGUAGCGACGGUUCGCUGGCCGACCUCGGCCUCGGUAUGCUCGACAGCAUGUUCACGCCGCCCCAGUCACCCGAGGGCCGGUUACCCGUGUUCAACAGGCUGUCCGGCUCGCCGCCGGCCACCAGCGACGUGUUCGCGUUUCACGGCGCGGCCACGGUCGUCCCGCCGCCGCGGCGCCUCAGCGAGCCCGAACCCGAUUUCGGUUUCUACGGUUUCUGAUGACCGCCGUGUUGCCCUCCCCUCCCCGUCUCUUGACGUCAACUUUGUUCUUAAUUUUUUUUUUUUUUUUUUUUUU